AUGGAAAAAGACCGAUCGGAGGCACUUGAGGCGCAGCCCACAAAUGCAUCUUCGGAGCUUUCUGAGAGGGAGUCGAGCGAGAAAAUCAAGCGACCAUGGCACAAAUCGCUCCAAGCAGAGGUGAUGACGCCUGGGUCGGCAUUGCAAAUCGUGAUCGCUGCCGCUAUUGCUAUCGGAAUAGGGAUGGCGGUUACGGCCACUGUCGACGAAGUGCCUGAAGCUGUCCCUGAAAUCCUCGAGAUUCCCGGUAUGUUGUGGUUGAGAGCUUUGAGAGCGACUGUUCUACCGCUCAUUGUCACUGCAAUCAUUCUCGCAGUCCAGACAUUGAAGGACAUGGCCAAAGAUGGAGCGAAACUCGCUAAGUGGACUGUCGGCUACUAUGUCUUGACCACCAUGCUCGCCGUCGUCCAUAGCAUGAUCCUAGUGGAUCUUGUUUGGCGACGACUGAUGGUUGAGGUCGGAAGUGACAGCCUUGCCGUAGAAGAUGACGACCAGGACCUGAUUGAAGAGAGAGCGGCAGUUGAACCUCAUGAUAUUGUGGUGCAAGUCUUCCAGUCUUUCAUCCCUUCCAAUAUCUUCGCGGCACUCGCAGAGGACCAGCUCCUGGGAGUGUUGAUCACUGCUGUCGUUGCGGGCUGCUUGAUUAAAGGCCCUGAUUCUUCGCUUUUGCGGGCUGUGAGAGAGGUUGAGAGGAUUAUCACCAUUGUCAUCACGUUCCUCAUCAAGUUGGCGCCAAUUGGUGUAUUUUUCCUCAUCCUGUCGAACCUCAUGACCCUAGAGAUCUCGGACAUCGGAAGAAACCUCGGCGUUCUGAUUGGUGGGUCUAUUGCAGGAAUGGCCAUUCAUCUCUUCAUCAUGCUCCCUAUCCUCUUCUUCGCCUUCACUAGAUUGAAUCCAUAUAAAUACUGGAUGAAAGGUUCGCCUGCCUGGAUUACUGCUUGGGGAACUGCAUCUUCCGCAGCGACACUGCCAGUCACGAUCCGAAUGGUGCGAGCUCGUGGCGUCCCUGAGACCAUUGCCAAGUUCACUGUUCCGCUUGGGUGUUUGAUUAAUAUGGACGGAACGGCCAUAUAUUUCCCCAUGGUGGUUGUCUUCCUUGCUACCACACAAGGAAUUGCGCUGAACGCAGGAGAAUAUGUUAUCAUUGUCCUCCUGUCGACACUUUCAUCCAUUGCUACAACACCGAUCCCUAGCUCGUCGCUCGUCUUAACUGUCAUGAUCGCAGGCGCAAUCAAUGUGCCCAUUACCGGAAUGUACGCCGUGGUAGUAGCCAUUGACUGGUUCAUCGAUCGUUUCCGAACUCUCACAAAUGUCAGCGGUGAUCUUUUCGCCGCCCGCAUCAUGCAAUCUAUGACUGGAAUCAAAGACAAAGACGCUUCAGACCUUGAGCCCCAUGUUGUUUUAGAUGAAGGUGUUGAAGAGCGCCGACUAAGUCGCCCCUGA